CCACUGCUCACUUGAGUCUUGCUCGCUCGCUGUUGUUCGUGCGCCCGAGUUCGCCCACAGACUUCCCCCUUCGCACCAACCCGGCUCAAGAGCCGACGCGACGAGUGGAAGGUCCCUGAUCAUCCACAAGCUCCGCCCAGCGCGCUGUCGGCAGUCCUGCAUCACGCCAUCAAAUAGACCACCUGGCUUUCACCGUCGUACCCGAUAUCCGUCUUUCCGCGCGACUUCCGUUGGACACCCCUCAUAGAGUCUCAGGGCCUCUGUAAUAGAUCCACUGCGACUGAGUAUUCUGACUCUCGCAUUCGUGGCGUCCUUCCAUGUCGACCAGGGUACACGUGGCGCCGAUAAAGACGACGUAUGGUUCUUCGCCGACGGUGCGCCUUGCUUCAGGCCAGGGACAGGUGCAACGCGGAGGGAGUGUAAACGGCGCGGCGGAAAUAGCGCCAUGGCUUGAGUCUUUGGAUGACGUUCCGCCUACUCCGCCCCCAAAACCGACCUCAACGUAUCCUUCACGACAAGGGAGCGUUGCGAGCUCCUCGACAUCCGCUUCUUAUUCAACAAAGCAUCGACCCUCAACCCACCUCAGCGUUUCCACGCGCGGUUCUAUAGAGCUCGAUGACUCGGUUGAUGAUUAUGGGCAGGCACUGAUGGUGCCCGACCUGGAUCUACCCCCCACACAUGAUGUGGAAAUCGCGCCUUGGUUAGACAAAUCGGAUACUGAGCCGCCUUCUCCGCCAGCCAAGAACGGCCGCUCCUUCCACUUCCCGCCCAAGAACUCGUUUUCGUCACUACGCACCGGCAGUACUUCCAACUUCUUCUCUCGGCAACGGGGCAUCUCGGAAACGCCAAGUAGUCUAAGCAUCGCUGAAACCAUGGGCUCUGCCAUCGCAUCAACGUCGACUUCCAAUAUGCACGAGCCGCUUGACCGCGCGUACUCGCCCUCACCUGAGCUGAAAAAGAGCAAGUCCUCGGUGUUCAGCAGUUUGCGAAAGAAAGUGUCGAAAAAGAAUAUGAAGGGCGCACCUGAGGAUUCGGAGCACUUUUCACUGCGGCCUUUGCCUUUGAACGGAUCCGGGUCAUUUGUGUCGUUCCUGCCUGUGCCAUCGCCACCGCAGACGCCGAGAUUCAAGAAACAGAAGAAGAAGAGUAGCCAUGUCGAUGAACCUGUUCCUCCUCUGCCUGGCAGCACUCACGAGUCACUGGAACCUGGUGAACUCGAUAUCAAGCUGGAUUUGGACUUUGGUGCGAUGAAGGGCAUUGUGGAUCAUUCCAAACUGGCGAAUGGCGGAAACGAUGCGAGCUCCCCGAGUAGUGGAUUCGGUUCGACAUCCAACUCGAACUCGAAUCAUUCGGAUAUGAUGGAUGAAAGCAACUACUAUCUGGGUGGAUCACCGUCCUUCAGCAAUCCAUUCGUUCCAGAACAAUCAUCCUUUCACCACAUCCGUCGUGCGUCGCGACGGGUGUCGCCGAACACGGUGCUGCCCAGUAUUGAUUAUGCGGCCCCUAUGACAGGUGUGAUGCUGAGAGGUCCACCGAGUUCAGAGGGAUGGACAGCCCCGGAAAGCUGGAGUGUCGCUGUGAAGGACUCAGUUGGAUCGGUAGAGGGCGUGGGUGGCGGAGAUUCGGAUUCUGAUGAAGGGGCCGACUCUCGACAGCGAGCGGUACCUCCGGAGAUGAUGCCAUCUUCAAGGCGGAACGGGACGAUUGGCUCGCUGACGAGUGCGCAAACGUCUAAUGGACGAUCGUCUCAUUCGCAUCGGAGGCCAGGCAGCAAACGCACCGUUGCAGGCCAGAAGAUGCAGAUUCGCGUGUACAAAGCUGACGGGACGUACCACGUCGUGCAGGUGCCGACGAACACGACCGUGGCACAGUUGACGCCGAAGCUGGAUAUGAAGCUCCCUGCUGGGGAGGAGAAUGAGAUUCAUCAGUUAUAUCUCAAGGAACGGGGAAGAGAGCGAACCAUGGCGCCGACAGAACGACCUGCUGAAAUAGUGCUCCGACGACUUGAGCAGGCUGGGUAUGACGAGUCGGAUGGGCAAGAUCUGGUGAACGGUGCCGGCUUGGCAUUUAUCCUUAAGUUUUUCUACAAGAGCCAAUUUCUCGGCCCAGCGAACGAAGAUCUCAGAUUUGACAACUUCGAGUUCAUUGACCUGUCCAGUCGCAGUCUGCGGACCAUUCCUGUCGUUUUACACCAGCAUGCCGACUCCAUCGUCUCCCUCCGGCUCUCGCGAAACCCGAUGAUCGAAAUCCCGUUGGACUUCAUUCAAUCCUGUACGACACUACGUGAACUGAAGCUCUCGAAUAUGUCUAUGAAGAAAGUGCCGAACAGCUUGCGACAUAGUACGACACUGACUCGACUGGAUCUCUCCUGCAAUCGGAUUUCCACGCUGGAUGAGGCGUACCUGGAUGAUAUUCCCGGGCUGACUACCCUGUAUGUGCAGAACAACAGGCUGGAGAACUUACCAUGGAGCUUCCCCCGCAUGCGGCGACUGAUCACGCUCAAUAUCUCGAACAACAAGUUCCGGACGUUCCCACUGGGGGUCAGCGAAUUGACCAGUCUACGAGACCUGGAUAUCUCCUUCAACUCGAUUUCAGAGCUGCCGGAAGAGAUAGGGAGGCUGAAAUGUCUGGAGAGAUUGGUCAUCGUUGGAAACCAGGUGUCGAAGCUGCCUGACGAAUUCAGCCAGUUGGGGCGGCUGGGCGAGCUGGAUUGUCGGCGGAACCAAAUCACCGAUCUCACGGUGGCGUGCAUGCUACCGAAGAUCGAGAAGCUGAGUGCGGACCACAACUCUCUGCAUGAUCUGGCGUUGUCCUUGGGUCCGUGUCUGGCGAUGCUCGACGCGUCUCAUAAUGAGAUCACGCAGCUGUCCAUCGUGCGGGGUCCGAUUGGGAGGAGUCCACUUGCAUUAACCACACUCGACAUCUCCAAUGCCAAGCUGUCGCUGUUGGACGAUGCCACGCUCGGUCAAUUCACGUCACUUCGCCGGCUGAAUUUGGAUGGCAACUCAUUCAGGAGUGUUCCUGAUUCUUUGGGCGAGUUACGGUGGCUGGAGUCGCUCUCCUGUGCGAACAACUCCCUCAGCGAGCUACCGCAGAGCAUCGGGCGACUGCAGAAGCUGGAGACUCUCGAUGUGCAUAACAACAGUCUGACGGAGCUGCCGGUUUCUCUCUGGAAUUGCGCGUCCCUGUCCAGACUGAACGUGACGUCGAACCUGCUGGUCUUGUGGCACGACCCACCGCCAUUCCAGCCCCACGACGAAGACGCGAUGACGUCCGCGUCGAUGGCCCCUUUUUCGGACAACGCAUCGGUUGUGAGCGGCCCCGUUUUUCCACCGGCACGGAAGCAGUCAGCGUCGAGUCUUUCGGAUCUCCCGCCGCUGGCGCAUUCGCUGGAACUGCUGUACAUGGGAGAGAACUCGUUCACGGAUGAAGUGCUGCAUCCGUUGAUGUUCCUGAAAGAGCUGCGGGUCCUCAAUCUGUCCUUCAACGCGAUCCAGGACAUGCCGUCGACGUUUUUCCGGAACUUGACCAAGCUGGAGGAGGUGUAUCUCAGCGGCAACAGCCUGACGACGUUCCCGAGCGAGGAUCUGCCCAAGUUGACCAAGCUGACGACGCUUUUCUUGAACGGCAAUCGGCUGCACACUCUCCCGCAGGAGUUGGGCAAGAUCAAAAGCUUAACAUUCCUCGAUGUGGGGAGUAAUCUGCUCAAGUACAACAUCAACAACUGGGAGUUUGAUUGGAACUGGAAUUUCAAUAAGAACCUCCGGUACUUGAACUUAUCCGGGAACAAGCGGUUGCAGAUCAAGUCGGAUGCUCCCCGCAACGGCGCUGUCCAGCGAGAAGCGCUUGCGGGUUUUUCCGAGCUCAGCCAGCUGCGGGUGCUGGGCUUGAUGGAUGUGACGAUCACGACUACCGGUGUCAGCGUAGACAUUCCAGACGAAAAUGACGAUCGACGAGUGCGAACGUCGUCGUCGGUCGUCAAUGGAAUGUCUUAUGGGAUUGCGGACACGCUGGGGAAGAAUCACCAUCUGAACAUGCUCGAUCUGGUCCACGAGUUCCGGGGCAGCAAGAAGGAUGCCAUCUUUGCCAUGUUCGGACGGGCACAGCCCCCGAAGCAGUUGCCUACGGCGACCUCCGCGAAUCCGCUUGCGAAAUACCUGCAAGAGAACUUCGUGCGGGUCUUCAUCUCCCAACUGAAUACACUGGAGGAGGGCGAGGGUGUCGUUGAUGCACUGCGGCGGACGUUCCUAAAGCUGAACCAGAGUCUGCACGAUUCGCUGUUCGCGAUGAGUCGCAAGAUGAGCCAGACUAGUAAUAUGGGUGGCUCGAGUAUGUCAGCGGACUUGCGCACCGGGGCAUCCGGUGUCGUGGUCUACAUCGUCGACAAGAAGAUGUACGUGGCGAAUGUCGGGAACGCGCUCGUCGUCGUGUCAAGAAGCGGAACUGCGGUCCCGCUGUCCCGCAAACACCAUCCAUAUGAUCGCGCAGAGACUGCUAGGAUCCGGGCUGCCGAAGGCUGGGUCUCGCCUCCCGGAUUGGUCAACGAUGAGAUCGACAUCUCCCGCUCGUUCGGAUUCUACCAUUUGCUGCCCGUGAUCAAUGCGCGCCCGGAUGUCUUCGAGUACACGCUGACGGAGCAGGACGAGCAUGUCAUCAUCGCCAACCGCGGCCUGUGGGACUAUGUCAGCUACCAGACGGCGGUCGAUAUUGCGCAGCGAACGGACCCGAUGACCGCUGCGCAGAAACUGCGGGAUUUCGCGAUCAGCUACGGAGCCGAUGGAAGCACGAUGAUCAUGGUCGUCGGCGUCGCGGACCUCUUCACGCCGGACUACUUCACGCAGCUCGAGAAACGCAAGAACAAGCGACCGGAGAUCACGGACCGGACGCUCGUGCGGCUCAAGGAUGAGGUCCCUCCGCCCAUCGGGCAUGUAUCGAUCGUCUUUACGGACAUCAAGGGCUCGACGCAUCUCUGGGAUGCGAAUCCGGGCAUGCUCACUGCCAUUAAGCUGCACAACGACCUUCUGCGGCGACUGCUCAGACAGCACGGCGGUUACGAGGUGAAGACCGAAGGAGACUCGUUCAUGUGCUCUUUCCCCACUGCGCUUGCGGCUGUCUGUUGGUGCAUGUCGGUGCAGGUCGAGCUCCUCAAUGUGCCGUGGCCGCUGGAGAUUCUGGAGUGCGCGGACGGCAAGACUGUGUACGACGACCAGGGGCGGCUGAUUGCACGCGGCUUGUCGGUGCGCAUGGGGAUCCACUGCGGGAUUCCGCUUUGCGAGCCGGAUCCCAUCACGCACCGCAUGGACUACUUUGGGCCGAUCGUCAAUCGUUCGUCGCGUAUUGAGGGCAGCGCAGCGGGUGGGCACAUUAUGUGCAGUACAGAUAUCAUCCGGGAGAUCAACGCGAGGAUCUUCGACAGCGAGGCCGAUCUGUCCGAGUAUUCGGAGGCCCAGCCGCAGGAAGCUAUCGAUGGCAUUCGCAGGCUGGAUCCUAUCGUCAUCCCCGUCGGCGAGGUCAGGCUGAAGGGUCUCGAAGCGCCGGAGAUGCUGUCGUUGGUGUUCCCGGGCGACCUCAUCGGCCGGAAGGAUUUCCAGGACGAAGCACCGGCGCCAGAUACGUCUGGGUCGCGGGUGCAGUUCAGCAUCGAGCAAAUGCGUGAGCUUGCGAUGCUGUGUCUGAGGCUGGAGAUGCCAGGCGGGGUGGGUGUGGGCGAUGAACAGGAGGCGUCGCUCAGGGCGCUGGUGCCACCGAUGAGCGACGCGAUGUCGGAUGCGGAUCUGAUGCUGGUGUUGUAUUCCCUCAUGGUCCGGAUCGAGAAUGCCGAGUGCGCACUGAGGGCGAGGUUUUUGCCUGAUCGGCUGGCCGGCGUGCUGGCGGAUGAGUUGGAUCCGAGGACGUUGGAACGUGUUUUGGCGGCUUUGCGGACCAUGUAG